AUGCCUUCCCUCUUCCCUUCGGCGAGCACGCUCAGUGCCACAUUUGGCAAUCAUGUCUCACUGUCUGGGCCAGCUAGACGAUCGCCAUACUCGGUGCAGGAGAGCCUGUACCAAUCGUGGAGCGUGGCCGACGAUGCUCAGAAGAAGGGAUCGCAGUUGAGUGCAGAGGCCACCAAGGAGAUCCAGAAAGCUUCCCAGGCUGCGCAGGCGAAGGCUGGCAAGAUCGAGCUCUUCUCUCCCGCAUACUACGCAGCAUGUACUUUCGGCGGUAUGAUGGCCUGCGGUCUCACCCACUGGGCUGUGACUCCUCUCGAUCUCGUAAAGUGCCGCCGACAAGUCGAUGCAAAGCUCUACAGAGGCAACUUUGACGGAUGGAGGAAGAUCAUCGCAGCCGAAGGUGUGAAGGGUCUGUAUACCGGAGGUGGCCCAACUCUGGUCGGAUACUCGGUUCAGGGCGCUCUCAAAUAUGGCUGCUACGAGUUCUUCAAGAAGUUCUACUCCGAUCUCGCUGGUCCAGAGAAUGCUGUCAAGUUCAAGACAGGAAUCUAUAUCGCUGGUUCUGCGUCUGCCGAGUUCCUCGCGGAUAUGGGUCUCUGCGCCUUCGAGGCGAUCGUUGCUGCUGAGGGAACUGCUGGUCUCUUCAAGGGUCUCUACCCUCUCUGGGGAAGACAGAUCCCGUACACCAUCAUGAAGUUCGCCUCCUUUGAAACCAUCGUCGAAGCCAUCUACCACCGUCUCCCGGGUAAGAAGAGUGACUACAGCGGAGGUGCCCAAACAGCCGUCGCAUUCUCGGGAGGUUAUCUUGCCGGUAUUCUCUGCGCUAUCGUUUCCCACCCUGCCGAUGUCAUGGUCAGCAAACUCAAUGCCAGCCGCCAACCUGGCGAGGCCUUCGGUGCAGCUCUCGGCAGAAUCUACAAGGACAUUGGCUUCGUUGGUCUCUGGGCGGGUCUCCCAGUUCGUAUUGUAAUGAUCGGCACACUCACCGGGCUGCAAUGGAUGAUCUACGAUUCCUUCAAGAUCUUCAUGGGAUUGCCGUCGACUGGCGGUGCUCCACCGCAGGAUGAGAAAGCGAAGGCUUAG